GGAACGAGCAGGAGAGUUUGUUCCCGUGAACAGAGCUGAUCUGUGUUCAGAGCAUCGACGCCUCACACCAAACAGACGAGAACUCACAGACAGAGUGCAUGAUGGGACUGAAGACGCUGCUGCUCGUCUCUCUGCUCGGCGUUCUGGCGCUGGAGGUGGCGGGGGCCAGCGCCAGUUGCAUACCUGGAGGUCUGUGCCCCAGCAACAACAAUGACCCCAACCUCCAGAAGGCCCUCCUCGUCGCCACCAACUACUACAACACCCAAUCAAAAGACUCCUUCCUCUACAAAAUCUCCUCCAUCAAAAAGGCAGAGCGUCAGGUUGUUGCAGGGACUUUGUACAUCGUGGAUUUAGUGAUUUCCAGGACCGUCUGCCGUAAACCCCCCAGCGUCCAAGAUCUGUCCAAAUGCAACUUUCAGGCUCCUCGCAAGACGCUUCAGUGUCACGUUAAGGUUUUGGUGGUUCCCGGGCAGAAACAGACCAGGACUCUGGAGUUCAGCUGUAAAGCCUGAAACCAGCAGCUGCCUCCACCUUCAUCAGCCUCCUCAUCCCUGAUGGUGUAGUUACCUCCACCUGUCUGCUCCUCAAAUUUAUUGUAAAAUCUGCAAUAAUAAAAACACUACAAACCAAUGGUA